AUCCAAUCCCUCCUCCACAGAAUAACCAAGUCCUUAACCGUCGCCGCCGAUUCCGCUCCGGCCAGCUCCACCUGAUCGGAUCCUCCCCCUCCUUCCCGCCAUGGCUUCUCUCACUCCCCGCCAUCGAUCCGACUGGUUCGUCCUCGACGCUCCGGUCUAGCUGUUUUCGAAUCUCGGUGAGUUCUGGAGAGGUUGGAGAUUCGGACGUGGAUCUUUAAUAUACAGCUUUGAAUAUUUCAGUUUUCUGUUACUAGCAGAGAGCUUUUAUUUUUUAUUUUUUAUUUUUUUGGGAGAAGUUUUGAUCUGUUCAGAAAUGGAAGAUCGAAGCGUCAAAGUGAAUACUGGAAUGUCCGACGUCGUCGCCGGCUGCGUGAUGCCGUAUAUCGUGGACGCGAAGGACCGCGAGGCGGUGUCGUUAGUGUGCCGACGGUGGUACGAGCUCGACGCGCUCACGCGCGAGCACGUGACCAUCGCGCUGUGCUACACGACGAGCCCCGAGCGGCUCCGGAGGCGGUUCAGUCAGCUCAAGUCGCUGAAGCUGAAGGGGAAGCCGAGGGCGGCGAUGUUCAAUCUGAUACCGGAGGAUUGGGGAGGCUUUGUGACGCCGUGGGUGGAGGAGAUUGCGGAGUCGUUUAAGAGCUUGAAGCAUUUGCAUUUCCGGAGAAUGAUUGUGAGGGAUUCGGACCUGGAGCUGUUGGCCAGGUCUCGUGGCCGUGAGCUCCUGAGUCUUAAGCUGGACAAGUGCUCCGGUUUUUCGACACAAGGCCUUGUCCAUAUCACCCGCAACUGCAGGGAGUUGAGGACCUUGUUUUUGGAGGAGAGCUCAAUAAUUGAGAACGAGGAUGAACGGGGUGAAUGGCUACAUCAGCUUGCUAUUAACAACACUGUACUCGAGACUUUAAACUUCUAUAUGACGGAUCUUGACAAAAUCAAAUUUGAAGACCUUGAACUCAUUGCCAGGAAUUGCCCCUCCUUAACCUCUGUGAAAAUUAGCGAUCGUGAAAUAUUGGAUCUUCUGGGUUUCUUCCAUCAUGCAACUGCUCUAGAAGAAUUUUGUGGAGGUUCCUUUAAUGAUCAAUCAGAGGAGAAGUACUCAGUUGUAUCAUUGCCUCGAAAGUUAUCUCGUUUGGGUCUCACAAUGAUGGGGAGGAAUGAAAUGCCUAUUGUAUUCCCAUUAGCACCCCUCCUCGUAAAGUUGGAUCUCCUCUAUGCAUUGCUCGACACUGAAGACCAUUGUACUUUAAUUCAAAAGUGCCCCAACUUGAUAGUUCUUGAGACAAGGAAUGUCAUUGGAGACAGAGGACUAGAAGUUCUUGCACAGAAUUGCAAGAAACUAAGGAGGCUUCGAAUUGAGAGAGGUGCUGACGAGCAAGAGAUGGAGGACGAAGAUGGUGUUGUUUCACAGAGGGGUCUGAUGGCUAUUGCACAGGGUUGCCUGGAACUGGAGUACUUGGCUGUGUAUGUAUCCGAUAUCACAAAUACAUCUCUGGAAUGCAUUGGGACUCACUCUAAAAAUCUAACUGAUUUUCGCCUUGUCCUGCUCGACCGUGAAGAGAUUGUAUCAGAUUUACCUCUUGACAAUGGCGUUCGAGCUCUAUUGAGGGGCUGCCAAAAGCUUCGGAGGUUUGCUUUGUAUCUCCGUCCUGGGGGUCUGACUGAUAAGGGGCUUUUUUAUGUGGGCCAGUAUAGUCCAAAUGUGAGAUGGAUGCUUUUAGGUUAUGUUGGUGAAACUGAUACAGGGCUUGAGGAUUUUUCAAGGGGUUGUCCUAGUCUGCAGAAACUAGAAAUGAGGGGCUGUUGCUUCAGUGAGCGUGCACUGGCUAAUGCAGUGAUGCAGCUGCCUUCGCUAAGGUACUUGUGGGUGCAAGGGUACAGGGGAUCUGGGACAGGUCAUGAUCUUUUGGGGAUGGCUCGCCCAUAUUGGAAUAUUGAAUUGAUUCCCCCUAGACGAGUUGAUGUUUCUGAUCAGAGUGGGGAGGCAGAGACGGUAGUGGUUGAGCAUCCGGCUCAUAUUCUUGCGUACUACUCUCUUGCUGGACCAAGAACAGAUUUUCCAGAUUCUGUUAUCCCCUUGGAUCAAGAGUCUAUGAUUAAUGCGUAGGAGCUGUACAUACAAGCUUCUUUUUUCUUCAGAUCGCAGUUCCCCCCAGACCUUGUUCAUAUAUUAUUGCAUCUUUCUUUACUUUUUGGAUAGUUGAGGGUUUCAAUUUUAAAUUUCAUUUUGUGUUGAAUUCUAGACUUUAGUCUGGCAAUAAGUCUCUGUUGCUCUGUACUGUAGCAGAUCUACAUACAGGCAGUUAGUUACUGAGAAUAAGUUUCUGGAUUUGUAUUAGUCUGAUGACUUGUUCUUACUGGAUUUUCUGGGUAGUUUUUGGAGCAUAAUCUGGAUAUGUUUGAAGUCUUUGAAUAAAAUUACAGCGUGAUUUCGCUUGUUUUUCAAUU